AGCAGCUGCCUGGUUGCUAGACGACUCAUAUCUCCAACACUGAUGUGAAAACAGCAACGCUGCGUGGAAACAGGACAACGUUUGUGCGGAUUUCGGGACGUUACGACGUUUGUCACUGACACCAGCCGCGUAAAGAGGAAGAGUCGCAGUUUAGUGGACGAACAUUUCGCGUUGUAGCAUAGCCAGCGUCUCUUUUGUUGCCCCAUGUUUUUACUACUGCUAGCAGCAGCAAGAGGGGGGGGACAUAAAGUGAGCUGCCUGUCCCUGAUUUAGAUUAAAAAAUGAGAGGUUACACACGGAGAAAGUCAAGGACAAGUUUUCCGACUUAAUGUGACGUUUGUUUUGCUGCAGUAAUGUUGAGUGCAGCUGCUAAAUUGUCUCUGGAGGCGAGUGAUGUUCAAACAGAUGAGGACUGUGAGGAGCUGGUCGAGGACCGCUUUUCUUUCUCGGCUGAUGUUUCAGAAAAGGUAACACAAAGAACACGGAGGAAAAGAUCCUCGGUGAAGCCUCCACCUUCUCCAAGGUCUCCAUACCUCUCCAGCCUGAUUGUGAACCCCAGAAGAGCAGCAGUGGCUGCCUGGAGACUACCGAGGGCAUCCCUGGGGGACAAUGGAGGUGAAGCUACUGGGGAGGUUGGCUCAGCUCGUCUCUCAUCCCUCAGCAACGGCCAUGAUCUGUCGCAAACGCUGAGAUCAGUGUGUGAUGUCACUCCAGAGCUUCUCAAACAGACCAUGAGUGUGAGAAAACACAAACAUCUCAACUCUGCAUCCAAUGGCUUCACCUUGGCCACAGGCGACCACAGAGAGAAAGAGGACAUGUAUGAUGAGAUAAUUCGCCUCAAGAAGAGUCUCCAGGCGCAGAAAUCUGACAAUCAGCAAAUGAGGGUGAAACUGCGCCGUCUAGAGGAAGAUAAUGCAAAAAGAGAGAAACAGAUCGAGGAACUGUUGGAUCCCACUAAAUGUUCCGAGUACACUCGUAGUUUGGUGGAUAAGAAAAAGGAAGGGAGCGUGGUUCUCAAUGGCCUGAAGCAGAGAAUCCUGAAGUUGGAGCAGCAGUGUAGAGAGAAAGAAAAUGCCCUGAGCAAACUGCAAAGUGAUCUGAGGACCACCAGCCUGGAGGAACUGAAGAUCACAGUAGAGACCUACUUUGAGGAGAUCCAGAGACUGAAGAUGCUUCUAGAAGCUGCAGAGAAAAGUAGCCGAGCAGAGAGCAAAUGCUCCCAGAGGCAGCAGAGAGCUUUAAACUCCACGGUUCAUCGUCUGUCAGAGAACCUGAAGCAGCUUCAACAGGAGAACGCAGCACUCCGCGAGGAACUCAACACAGACAGCCCAGCUGGAGGAAUCAAAGGUUACAGGGAGUGGAGUAAACAGAGACUAUUGCGAAGGUUGUUGGAAGUAGAGAAGAGGCGGGAAGAUGGCAGAAGACCCACCCAAUCAGCAAAGAGUAGCAGCCUAUUGGAUCAGGAGGUCCAGGUUACACCCACUGAUAUUCUGGGGUUUGCCAUAGCAACAGAGGCAGUGGUCUCCGUGGGAACAGUCACUGAAGAAGAGGAGGAGGUCUCAGAGUUGAGAGAAUGUCUCAGCCAUUUGGAGAAGGAGAGGUUGGAGCUGCGAGAAACACUGACGAGUAAAGAUGAUGAACUGAGACGAUUGAGGACAGAAAGGGAUGAACUGGAGAAAGAAACAGAAAGAUGGAGGGAAGAGCAAACUAAUGAACGGGACAAAGAGAGAGAGCAGCAUACGCAGGAGCUGGAGCAGUUGUUGGAAAGGAUCCGAACACUGGAGGAUGACAAAAUCAAACCUGCACAAGCUGAGCUUUUUUCUCUCUCUGCCACAACGACGGCGAACCACGAGGACAGUCAGGGCAGAUCAGGUCUGAGGGAGGGAGACGAGUCAGACACUCCAGGUAGAGAGGAGGAAGGGGAAAGAAAUGAAGACUUUAAAGAAAGAGAGAAAGCGGCAAGGAUCAUCCAGUCCAACUGGAGGGAGCACAGAAAUAGGGACAUUGUGAUGUUGCAGUCAGCAAUAAGAGGCCAUCUCCUCAGAGAGUCACAGCUCAUGGACUUGCUGAGAGACACUCAGAACAAGGCCGCAGCAGUGACAACAAACCAAGAGAGUGCCCCUUCGCCUGUAUGUGCAGAGGUUGAUGUGGCUGCCCUGAUGAUGAUACAGUCAGCGUUCAGGGGACACCUGGCUCGCUGUAGUCUUGCAAUAAAGAGCUCUGGGUUCCCCGCGCCUUCACCAAUGGGAAACAUGUUGCCUGCACUGGUACCAAGAAAAGCUCAUUCAAUACCCAACAAAACCAAUGCUGCAAGGUCCCUUUUUAACGAAGAAACAAAGCAGGGUGACGAAUAUGAGCCAUGGCCUGUCUCUGGCACUCACACCUCCAGGGUGACACCCACAACUGAGCAAACAGAGCUCCAUCGCCCAGCUGAGUCUGGAGGAACCGCUGCAGUCGACUCUGAUGAUUCCGAUGACAUCAUCGUGUCUCCAUCACGGCCUCUGAGAAGCAGAGAAGUCUUGAUCUUGUAGACCUCCUGACUUUUGUGUGUGUGUGUGUGUGAGUGUGUGAGAGAGAGAGAGAGAGUUACAUGUAGAAUUACUUCUCUCAUGGCCAUGUUUUUGUCCAGGUUCUUCCUGACCUGAAUAAUGAUAGCUGGGAUAUUAUAUUAUUCAGGAUAAAUACGGACAAAUAUACAAUAUUUGUCCUCUGUAAGAGCUUCUCAAAGUAAUAAACUGAAAUCUGGGAAGUCAGGCACAUGCUCUUUUCAUAAUACAAAUAACGGCACAUCAACACCUCACUUUGAUCAUGCACUUAUUUAGGAAUCCACAUGAUGAUGCGCCCAGGGCUGCAACGAAUGAUUAUUUUUAUUUUCAUCUGUCGAUUUGUUUGGUCCGUACAAUGUCAGAAAAUAUUGAAAAAUGUUGAUCUGUGUUUCCCAAACCUGGAAACGAUGAAUGUACUGUUUUGUCCACAAACCAAAAUGAUUCAGUUUUAGUGAUUUAUUUGUUAAUGUAGCAAAAAAACAGAAAAUAUUGACUUUUGAAAAAUCACACAAAAAUCAGAUUUUUUUUUUGAAAAACACUCGAAUAAUAGUUGCCAGUCGAGAGUCACAGCUGCAUGAUCACAUAUGGCGUAAAAAGCACUGGUAUGAACAGGAAAUGAACAUCCACAUCUUCAGUGAGGUUUUGAAUACUCACACAAAAACACUACUGCACUAAUAUGAUACUGAUAAAAGUUUGGUCGGUCAAAACUAUAAGGCUUCUUUUUGUUGCUUUGGCAGAGGUAUGUGCUCUGCUGAAUGCCAUUCUAGGUUUGAUCCAUUAAUAUUGUUUAUCAUUCGAGCCAAAUAUUCUCAGUGGCUGUACAAUUCUGCCAAAGUGCCUACUGUAUAUGUACUGUAUGUUCAAAUCAAGAUGAAUUUUCUUUCAGCCUGACAGUCACAGUCACUCUCUCUCGACAUGCUGGAUCCGUACCAUGUAAAUGUCCUUACAAUAAUGAUGCGUAAUAAAUGAUGGCUGAUUCCAAUGUAUGAUUGAAAGAUGAUUGUCAACCAAUGCACUCUUGAGCCAAACUGUGAAUAAAUUAUAGAUCUGCUGCAAUAGUAAGCAUAGACACAGUCAGUACAGUGAGAGACACAUGGUGUGUGGAACAGGAAGAGGUGCAGUUUCCACUUGAUUUAUGUAACUUAAUUUUCUGAGACACUCAAUAAAAGGCUUUUUUUGUAAUAAAACCUCUUGUGAUGUGAUGUUGUGAGUGAUGUGAGUCCUUGAGCUUAACUUUUAAAUGUUCUUAACAUACAAAUAUAUACGUUAAAGGUAGGGUUGGGGAUCCUGGAAAAACUGUUUUCAAGCAAACUACAUUUUGAUUUCAAAAGUCCAAGCCCCUCUCUUCAUACUUCCCUAUGAAACCACGCCUCCACAGCACAGGAACGCGCAAUGUUUAUUCACGAAGGGCGUUGGUUUCACACGGAUUCACAAACUGCGCAGCAUCGGUAACUUUAUGGUGAUGCUAACUUUUUUGGAUACUUGUUCAAAUGACAACAUGAUUCUGGAAAACAACAAAUACUCUCAAAAAAUGUUUUUAGCUUUUGUAUGUGUAUUUCUUUUCAAA